AGAAGAAGAUAACCUUAGAAUUAUUUGAAAUCAAGAUUUGAUCUAUGUCUUUUAAUAAGUACAAGGUAUGAAUUAUUUAAAAAAUAAAGUAUUGUAAUAUAUGUAACAUGAUACCACAAAGUUUGCCAAAAAAUAAUGCUGGAACGGACGGGGAAGAUGAUUCCGAUUACGAAGCAGAGACAACUACGCCCAAGCAUGUCAAUAUGUCUGCUGGUGCGAGAGCAUUACGUUUGUGGCUCAAUAAGGCAUUAAAAAUCCAAAUGACUGAUGGUCGAGUGCUCAUUGGAGUAUUUGUAUGUACAGAUCAAGACGCUAAUGUAAUUUUAAGUUCAUGUUCUGAAUUCUUACCUGCUGAUCCAAAUAUUCCAAAUGAGGAACCCCGAAUGCUUGGCUUGGUCAUGAUACCUGGUAAACAUAUAGUGUCAGUUCAUAUUGACAUCAAUGAGUAUAGCAAUUUGGAUCUAAGUGUGCCUCUGCCUAAAUCUAUGUAUGAGGAAGAUUUAACGUAA